AUGACCAACCAACAACUAACGGAUAUUGUGUUGACACUUCAAAAGCAGAUGAAACAGAUGCAAAAAACAAUGAAGAAGAUGAAAAGAAAAGCUCAUGGAAGGAGAUCAUCAUUCCAUAAAGUCCUAUCUCAUAGCAAGAAGCAUCGCACAUCUCAACAAGAAGGACAUGGAGCACCCUUCGAUCAGGAUGUGGAUGGUAUGGAGAUAGAUGAUCAUGAGGAGCACCAGUCACCUAUCAUAAGUCAGUACGCAGCUCAUCUCCACCGACAGGCUUCCACACACCAAGUAACGUUCAAUAAUUCCUGGUUACGCAUAUCUAAAUUAAUGGACCGCCUUUAUCUAACUAAUUCUGUAUUUUAUCAUGUUAGGAUGUGGAUGCUAUGGAAAACAACACAGACACCGUCCACAGCUCACCUGACCACAGAUGUCGAUGAAAUGGAAAACGAUAACCAAGAUGUCCACCCCUCACCUGUCCACGACACAAACAAUCUGAAUGCAUCCACAAAUGAAAAUGACGACGAUAUCCACACAACUCCUGUCCGAGCAGAUCAGAAGACCACGGAGACUCGUACUUUCGGAAAGCUAUACCCGGGACAAUGGGACCCACCUUCUAAAAUCUACGAUAAAGCUGAUCACCCAGACAGCCCCGAGAUUAAUCACAUCCUCUAUCAUGGUCUCAGGAUUUACGACAAAACGGCUGUUAGCCCAGACCCACCACUAUCGACAGGUCCCAUAUUCGACCAAACGGCUGGUCCAUCCUCUCCUCCACGAAUUCGUUUACGUUUGUCUCCCCUACCUUUCACUCCACUUAAAUCACCGGUCAAGACCACAGCUUCGGCUAACUCGCCACCGGGCAUUGGACGUCCCACAUCUGAGGAUCAGGAUCCCUUCGUCGAUCUCAGAACAACAAAAGACCCCGCCAGACACGUUCCAUCUCCCCUAGAAAACCUUCUCGCUAAGGAAUUUUUCAACUCCUCGCUGAUUCCUGCUUUGGAUCUCAUCACCCCACUACCAGACAGGGAAUGGGAGCUUUUCCAUAGUGUCCUCAAAACCAACAUUGAUGUGUUCCAUAGCACUCCAUAUGAGUUUCAGUUUUCAAACAAAUUGCUCCUAGAGAUUGCCCAGCCUAAACAAUUGACAACCUCAUAUUAUCUACACCAACAAAUUACCGAGCCACAAUCCCUAGCCCGCCCCCAAUUCCCUCCUAUUUUUUCAUUUACAUUACCGAUUAUCACCACCCAAAUCCCUAACAAACUCGUUUCAACUUCCACAUUCGUCAUUAGCUCAUCCUCUUCCUCCUCCAUCUCACAUUCAAGGAGACAAACAACUGGAAUACCCACUCGUUGUUGGUGUGGAGCUAAUCUAACUACGUUUGGUGCUCAAACCAAGGAUAAUCUCUUACGCAGGUUCUACAGAUGCGAGAUUUGGCUCAAGAGGAAAAGUGAGCACCACUUGUUCAAGUGGGUCGAUGAGGCAAUUGUAGACGAAAUCAAUAUUGUUGAUGCAAAACAAUCCCAACUAAAAGAAGAUCUCGACUCUUUCAAGCUGUGCACGGCAAGACGUUUGGAAAAACAUGCCAAACAAAUCGAUCAAACCAUACAACAGAUCCAAAUGCUCAUGGAUGCCAACACAAACAACUGUGCCACUGGUGACAAUUCAGCUACGAGCUCUGAAGAUCCUAAAGCGUCCCCCAAGGAUCUCUCUUCUGCCAAUUCAUUGUCCAACAUCGCAGUUGCAGCCAUUGCACUUGGGGCUAUGGUCUGGAUCUACGCUAGGAUCAGCAACUAG